AUGAAUAUCGUCCGAUCGUGUUUCGCCGCCAUCGUCGCGUUUCUCGUUGUCGCGGUCGGCUGGUCGGCCACCGACGCCGUGGUCUGCUGCAACAGUAGUUCAGUCGGAGUCGGAGACGGACUCGGAUUCGGAUUCGAAGUCACGAAUUGCCAGAACGAAAAUCGGACGUUCCACACGGUCGAGGCCAUUGGCGGAGGCACUUGCGAUGACCACCGGACGGCCGUGACAGUCCGGAAGUGCUGUCCGCCGGGCCGGCCGUACGAUCCGGAAGUGCGGUUCUGCGGACCAUCCGGGGCAGACGGUGGCGAGAACCUACGGCGGAUGAACCAGAGACUGUGGGGCAGAUUCCGGGUGGCUGCAGAUUCGAUGAUGGUGGGUUACUAUUUUAUGCCACCAACGUGCAACGACACGCAAGUGCUAGUCGACGUGCCCGCCGUGGAGGUGAGUAGGCUGAUGGAAGUAGAACCGUCGGCCGUCGAGUUGCCGCCGGACUACUGCUUCGACCUGACGCCAUCCGAUGAGCUGGUGGCCCGGACGUGCCGGCCACGUGACCAGUACUGCGGCAAGGGAAAUUACACGUGCGUCAACAAGUGCUGCAUGGCCGACCAUAUUAUGUAUAUCUACAAUGACGAUGGUUGGAAGUGCAAGCAGAGCAAGAAGCCGUUCACGAUGUCCGCCUAUGAAACAGACGCGGACGGCCGUCCUGUGGGCCGGUCGAACAGCACGGUAUUGCCGUACAAACUCAACCUCCAGUGUUCCCGGAAACGAAUGGUGAAGGACGUGUUCAUGUUGACAACGAAUGGCAGCCUUUACCUUACCGGCGACGGCCAACGCUUACCGGACACCCGGUACUGUGUGGAGUAUUACAACGAGGCGCGCCUGCAGGCGUUUGUGUGCGCCGAUGACGGUGAACUCCCGGCCAUAGCCAAGGACACACGUGGCAACUUGAACUGGCUGCUCUUCUCCAUUCGGUAUAGUAACAUAGCGUCUCCCGUGUUCCUGGCGCUCACGCUACUCGUGUACAACAUACUUCCCAGCCUCCGGAACACUCACAACUACUACAUCCAGUGUUACAUGGCCUGCAAUAUUGUGUCGUACUUAUGCCUAAUAGGCCUUAGGUGGACAAGGCAAAACAUAACUGACCAUUUGUGCGUUCUAUAUGGUUAUUUUACUUUAUAUGCAUUAAUGACAACAUAUUGCUGUUCAAACAUAAUAUGCUUCGAUAUUUACUGGAUGUUAAGGUACAACAUUUCAAUAAACAGAAAUACAUCAACAUCAGUACGUUCCAUUAUGUACAAUAUUUAUUGUUGGGGAUUUUCAAGUAUUUUCGUAUGUACUGUUUUUUUUUUUGAACAUUCAAAACACCAAACGCUACGGAAACUAGCACCAGGUAUUGGAGAACCUCUUUGCUGGUUUAAUGACUUCACUAGCUACGGAUAUUAUACUUUCUACCUGAUACCAGUGUCUGUUAUGCUGACUGCCAAUUUAAUUUUAUUCUUGCUAACUGCUUUUUAUUUUACAAGAAUUAAAUGUGAACUCAAAAAAUUCAAACAAAACGAUUCAAACACAGAAAGAUUUCUUGUUUACAAAGAAAAUUUUAUUAUGAGCAUCAAACUAUUUCUGAUAAUGGAAAUCCCAUUAUGUUUCUCGAUACUACCUGCUUUUUUCGGAGGCCAAGGGAUCAUAUGGGACAUUUUUGAUGUAGCUAGCAAUCUACAAGGAGUAUACGUAUUUAUUAUAUUUGUGGCAAAGCGCAAAGUCAUUAUGGAAUUACGGAAAAAAUUUAGAUGGAUCACAGUCAGUCGACAAACCGGACAAAUUAACACUAUAUCUGGGUCGUCAUAA